AUGCUCAAUCUCAAUAUCAAACCAGAUCCAACGAUCACCACGGCCUCAUCUGAUAAUCUAUUGCUUUCCAGCAAUAACAGCGAACCAGUAUGGAAAGUGUUAUUAAAAAGUGACAGACAACAAAUUCCAGAUGUUCCUGCAAUAUAUUUUGUCGAACCAACACCUAAUAACAUUCAAAAAAUUAGCGAGGAUUUGGCAAAAAAUCUUUAUGAAACUUAUUAUAUAAAUUUUUUAACAACUAUUCCAAGACCUCUACUUGAAGAAUUUGCAACAAUAACAUAUCAAAAUAACACAUCAAAUUUGAUUGCUCAAGUUUAUGAUCAAUAUUUGAACUUUAUAGUCACUGAACCAAACCUUUUUUCUUUGAAUCAACCAAAUAUUUAUUAUACUUUGAAUGAUCCAACAGCAGCAGAAACAGCUAUUGAAGAAGCAAUAGAUCGUACUGUAACUGCAUUAUUUUCAGUAUUGGCAACAAUGGGUGUCGUACCUAUAAUUAGAUGCCCAAGGGGAAAUGCUGCAGAAAUGGUAGCAUAUAAGCUUGAUAGUCGUUUACGUGAUCAUCUGUUAAAUUCACGAAAUAAUUUAUUCUCGGAAGCUUCAACAUCAUUAAAUUUUCAAAGGCCGGUGUUAAUUAUUCAAGAUAGGAAUGUUGAUCUAGUUCCUAUGCUAAGUCAUUCUUGGACAUAUCAAGCAUUGAUACACGAUGUUUUAGAUAUGAAUUUGAACAGAAUUACUAUACAACUAGAAGAAAUGGGACAUAACACUAAAAAAACCUAUUAUUUGGAUAACAAUGAUUUCUUUUGGUCAAAGAAUGCUUCAAGUCCAUUUCCUCAAGUGGCUGAAGAUAUUGAUGUCGAGCUUAAUCGAUAUAAAUCUGAUGCAGCAGAUAUCACAAAAUUAAGCGGAGUUAGUUCACUUGAUGACAUUAACAAUGCAGAUUUGUCUCAAAAUACAUCACAUUUAAAGUCGGCCAUCACUGCCCUGCCAGAACUUACUGCGCGCAAACAAACACUUGACACACAUAUGAAUAUUGCGACAUCUUUAUUACAGGGAAUUAAGGAACGUCAAUUAGACACUUUUUUCCAAUUGGAAGAAUCAGUUACACGACAAAAUAAAUCAAGUGUGCUAGAGGCUAUCAAAGAUCCAGAGAAAAAAUCACCAGAAGAUAAAUUACGUUUUUUUAUAAUUUAUUAUUUGUCAGUUGAUGAAGUUACAAAAGAAGAUAUGAUUGAAUAUGAGGAAGCUCUUUCCGCUGCUGGUUGUAAUAUGGCAGCUUUAAAUUAUGUUAAAAAGUUUUUGACUGAUAAAUUAAAAGAGGGAGGAUUUGAAAACUUGAUUUCUGGAGUAAAAAAUUUAUUACCAUCACAUAAAGAUUUAACUUUAACAAAAAUUACUGAAUCAAUUAUGGAUCCAUCAACUAGCAGUACUUAUAAAACUGAUGAUUAUUUAUUUUUUGAUCCAAAAAUGGCACGUAACUCCUCUAUUAAUAAACAAUCAAAGAGUAAACAUAGCUUCCAGGAAGGAAUUGUUUUUGUUGUUGGUGGUGGAAAUUAUAUUGAAUAUCAAAAUUUACAAGAAUACGCAAAGAGACAAGCUAACAAGAAGAAAAUUAUUUAUGGUUCAACACAGAUAUUAAAUCCACGUGCAUAUUUACAAGAACUUACAAAACUUGGAUGA